UGGCCUGUGAUUGAAACAAGCAGCUUUUCCUAGCCAGCUAUCGUUACACUUGCUGCCUAGGCGGUGGGUUCACAGACGGGUCGGAAAGUACUCCCACGCACCUCCCGUCCGUCCGUGUCUUUUCUGCCAGCGAGCAAGAACUUUCGUCUCGGCUCGGAGGCCUUUACUAGGGUUUCUUCUUCCAACCGCCUUCUACGCCCCCUCGCCCCUUGCCCUUGCGUCUGACAAGAAGGAAGAGGCGGGAUCGGUGAAUAGGUGGAUCAUUGAUCCUCGAUUCUUCUCUUCUCCGUCUUCUUAGCUUUCCCGAUAUGGGGGUAUGAUUUAUCGUUUGUUAGUAGCCCGCAAGCGAGGGAUUUUUGUCCUCUACCAGGAGGCAUUAACGACGACGGGAGGACCAGUUGGGAGGUUCUCGUUCCCUCGCUAGGCUCGCGGCUGUUAGAUCUGUUGUUUUUUCUGUCAUCGAUCACCGAUCAUCGAGAAAUUUCAUUCCACGCUGCUGCAGAGCGAGAAAGAGGUCAAGACGCCAGAGAGGGUGGAGAUACGGAUUCACUGGGGCUGCUUCUGCGAAGAGGAGGAGAGCGAGGUCGAGUGCGGGUGGGCUUGCGGGUCCGCUGGGUCACGGGGGCGGCCUGAGAUGGCGGUGGGUCGCCAAGGCGUCGAUCUCACAGUUUGCUUCGGCCCUCCUUGUGAGUGGCACCCGCUCUUAGUUGGCUUGUAGCACCCAACCCCUUCCUGGGCUCUUUCUUACAGGAUAUGACCUAAAGCAAGGGCUACGGAAGAUCUCUUUGAAACCCUAAGGCUUGUUAUUUACCUGUUCAUUUCUGGGCCGCGGGAAAAAGAACAAAAGCAUGGGAUUUUUGUCUUAGGAAAGAAAUAUAAUAUCGAAACAGUAUCUUCUCAUCCUCAGAGUUCAAUUCCCGUUUGUUCCUACUUGCCAAUCAAGAGAUUGGAUUUUGUUUUUCUUCACUUAUUCUAAUCAUCUGUUUUCUGUUAGGAUCCAAGAGUUUCUCUGAUUUUCUGAUGGCAGGACUUCGGAAACUGCAAAAUUUCAGCUCCAGUCAUUCAAACACGCACCGGGCCUCCUGCCAUUAUAUUUGUUCUCUGAUUUUGGAGGUACUGCAUAUGCUGGGAUACCUGUUGCAUCGAACCUGACAGAAAUGGACUGCUGUGGCUGUGGUUGCUUCGGAUUUUUGAGGAAGCUCCAUCAAUGUCUAAUUUCAUUCCGAGGCUCUGGCACCCGGUUGUCCCUGGAGCUCCUGCUGCCAGAUAACAUGGAAGGUGCGGAUGGCACCUUUUAUAAUGGAGACAAUACAAAUGCAAGUGACAGUGGUUCGUACCGGUCAGUUAAGUGUUCUGAAGAAAUCCUCUUGUCAAGAGCACGAAAUGGCUUGAUAUGCAGGGAAGUCCCAGUAAAGGAAACUAGGAAGGUUACACUCUCUGAGGAUGAAUAUGGAAACAAAAUGGUUAAUGAAUAUGUUCGAGAGUGCAAGAUUGGUUCUGGUAGUUAUGGGAAAGUGGUGCUUUACCGAAGCAUUAAAGAUGGGAAACAAUAUGCAAUCAAGGUUUUCCACAAGUCACAUUUGUUAAAGAUGAGAGUGGCGCCAUCAGAAACAGCCAUGACUGAUGUUCUUAGGGAGGUAUCCAUCAUGAAAAUGCUGGAUCAUCCCAAUAUAGUUAAUCUCAUGGAGGUGAUUGACGACCCAAACACAGAUCACUUCUACAUGGUUCUAGAAUAUGUGGAAGGGAAGUGGGUAUGUGAGGGUUCUGGUCCAGCUAGUGGUUUAGGAGAAAGUACUUCUAGAAGAUACUUGCGGGACAUAGUUGCAGGUCUUAUGUAUCUCCAUGCUCAUAAUAUUGUCCAUGGGGAUAUUAAACCUGAUAACCUCUUGGUGACAAGCAAUGGCAAAGUGAAAAUAGGAGAUUUCAGUGUUAGCCAGGUUUUUGAGGAUGAUAAUGAUGUGCUCCGGAGAUCUCCAGGCACUCCCGUUUUCACUGCACCAGAAUGCUGCUUAGGUUUAACCUACCAUGGUAAAGCUGCUGACACAUGGGCUGUGGGUGUUACUUUAUAUUGUAUGGUUUUGGGUCAGUAUCCAUUUCUUGGGGAUACGCUGCAGGACACUUAUGACAAGAUUGUUAAUAACCCAUUAUUCAUGCCUGAUGGCAUCAAUCCGGAAUUGAAGAACUUGUUGGAAGGGCUUCUUUGUAAAGAUCCCAAACGUCGGAUCACCUUGCAUGCUGUAGCAGAGCAUCCUUGGGUCAUUGGAGAAGAGGGGCCAAUCCCUGAAUACUUGUGCCGAUGCAGGCAAAAAUCUUCUGCAUGAAAGAACUUCCACAAAGCAGUGAGGAACGUUAAUUUGUAUUUAUUUUGGAAAUGGCUCUCCACGGCGGUGGAGAAGCUAGUGGAUUCACCUAGGUGAAUUAAAACAUUACAAGAUACGUAAAUGAGAGCUUUUAGAGGUAGACAGAGCUAGAGUGAUUUGGGAGGGAUAUUAGUGUGACACCUGUAUGAAUAUCAUGGUUUUCUUUUUUUUUUCUUAACUUCUUUUUGUAUUAUAUCUUAAUUUACUGGCUGAGUGAGAGGAGAGCUAUUUAAAAAUUGCAUGUUUCUUAGCUUCAAUUGGUAGACAAAGUGUGAGGUUGCGAAAGAAAAGGAGAGUUUAUUAAAUUGAAAUGAUCGUGUAAUGAAGUCAUGCAUCA